UGAAUAUAAUAUAUCUCUAUCAAUAUGAUGAACAUACAAGAGUUUCAGAUUGACCACUGGAGUAAGCAAACCACUCGAGCCCCAGGCUCAUACGCAUCUGCCCUAUCCGUAAAUGACCUAAAGAGGCUCUCUACAAAUCCAGGUCUCGAAGUCUUUGACCCGGAACUCAAACUCACGUACGGGUCUUACGAAGGCUCACUCAGGCUCCGCGAGCGCAUCGCUGAGCUGCACUCGUCUGAAAACAACAAGCUGACGGCCGAAAAUGUCCUGAUCACGCCAGGCUCCAUCAUGGCCAAUUACCUUCUCCUCAGCACGAUCUGCGGCCCAGGGGACCAUGUCAUCUGCCAAUACCCCACAUAUGGGCAGUUGUAUCUCGUGCCAAAGUUCGCAGGUGUUGACGUGGGAUUGUGGAAAAUGCAUGAGAACGGCUGGAUGCCGAGCAUUGAUGAGCUUGCUGCCAUGAUUAAACCAAACACCAAGGCUAUUAUUCUCAAUAACCCAAAUAAUCCUACUGGAGCCGUCCUGCCAAUUGGAUUUCUUCUGAAAAUCGCCGAAAUUGCCCGCAGGUACAAUAUUCUCGUUUUCUCCGAUGAGGUUUUCAGCCCCAUGUACUUCACUGAGCCCGCCCCGCCUUCGUUUGUUUCUAUCGGAUAUGCCAACAGUGUCGCAACUGGAUCUCUCUCUAAGGCGUUCGCUAUUCCCGGCAUUCGACUCGGCUGGAUAGUAACACAGAAUACGGAGCUCAUGCACAAGGUGAGCAAGGCGAGGGACUAUACGACAAUUAGCGUAUCCCAGCUCGAUGAUAGCGUAGCAGCUUUUGCUCUCGACCCGGCUGUAUUGCCGAAUCUGAUGAAGCGCAAUCUUGCGCUCUGCAAAGAGAGUAUUGCGAUUCUUGACGAGUUUGUGAAGCGUAAUGCGAAGCAAUGCCACUGGGUUACGCCACGGGGAGCGGGAACAGCGUUUGUGCAGAUUCUCGAUCGAGAUAGGAAGCCGGUGGAUGACAUGGAAUUUGGUAAAAGGCUUAGCGACGAGGAGAGCGUUUGCGUGAUUCCUGGUGCCUGCUUUAGCGAAGGGAGUUCAGAUGAUUUCAAGGGAUAUGUGAGGAUUACGUUAGGUGACCCAAAUCUGCUUCGUGAGAGUUUGCCACUGCUAGAGAGACUUUUCCAGAAGAUUUAGGCCACUGGGCAAUAAAGAGGAGCUCGAUGAAAAGUUUUGCAUUUAUAAUUAAGAUUAAAUAAGAAGACAUUUGCUUUGUUUGAUAUAAUUAAUUUUCAGCUAUUUCUCUAGUGUGGGAAGAGUCGGGCUUUGCAUAUAUCAUAACCUACACCUCUAUACUGCUGGAUGUGCCAGAAUUUAGGGGUUGCUUUGAUCCUGAGGGUCGUGUUCAUCGGACCCCGAAGCAGUUGUAAUGGUACUGAUAAGGUAUGCGUCUCUAUUUCCAACACUAAUAGCGCUGUACAGUAGUCUGAAAUGCUCCUGUGGCAACACAGUGUGAUUUCUUCUGUAGCUGGGUCAGUGCUUUCU